CUAACACGCUAAAACUUAGGGCUAGGCCACACCCAUUUACCAGUGAAACACAGUUGAACUGAAGUGAAUUAAUGGCUAUAAGGCUGGGCUGGUUCAGAGCAAUGCUGAGGUACAUAGCGUCGUGUAUCCCAUUCCUGGGUGGUUCCUCACCCCCUGUAAGGAAGGCGGAGCUUGACAAAGACCUUCCCCCUGCCCGUGUGGCCAUCAUUGGGGCUGGUAUUGGUGGAUGCUUCUCGGCCAAAUUUCUCCGAGAACUUGGUGGGCAAGACUUGGACAUUCACAUCUGGAACAAGAAGGAGAGCACUAUCGGAGGACGAUCGGCUACUGUCAAGGUGGGAGAUCACUGGUACGAAGCGGGGGCAGCUGUCGCACACACCAGCAACCAAUACCUAAUGGACGCCACUGAGGAAUACGAUUUGAAGAUCAAUAAAAAUGACGACGACUCUGGGUGCUUGGGUGUCUACAAUGGAACCUCUUUCAUUUUCCGCACUGGCACCUCGAAGAUCCUAAAUCUCCUCAAGAUGGUAUGGCGAUACGGACUUACCCUCCUUCGAAUGGACUUGGGUGUUAGUUCUCUCUUGAAGAAGUUUAAACGGAUCUACACACUCCAAGAGAAUGGCGAAUCCUAUGCUACUGUUGGUGACUUGCUGAGAGGCAUGGAUCAAGGUGGUGAAUCCGUGCACGAUCUAAUCAAAGUGUCGGCUGAGGAGUACUUCACUGGGCUUGGAUGGUCGAAGAAGGUGAUCGAUGAGUUGAUCACUGGUGGAAUGCGGAUUAACUACGGGCAGUCGACUACUGUGAAUGCUUUUUGCACUUUUGUGUCUCUUGCCGGUAUGCAGGAUGGGAGUCUAUGGUGUGUGGUCGGAGGGAACUGGCAGAUUGCCAAGAAAGCUCUAGAAGCUUCCGGCGCUACUCUACAUAAAGACGAUGUUACCACGGUUACUCGUGUCAAUAGUGGCGGGCAAUUGAAGUACAAAAUUACAACUGUAAGUGGGGAAGAAAAUGGUGAAUUUGAUAUUGUAAUUGUUGCAAAUCCUCUCAAUACCUCGGCCAUCAACUAUCUCGAGUUUCCCACACCGAUAUACACUGCUGCCUCUACCACCCCCUAUCAACGAACCGUGGCCGAAUUUGUGAACGGGCGAAUCAACAAAGAAUUUUUCGGAGUGGCUCAGUCAGACCCAACCUUCCCCUUGACCAUCAUGACAACUGAAAUGACAGGGGCACCCUAUGAAUUCCGUGAUGUAGCUGUGAACGCACCUUCCGAAGCAACUCAAGAAGAGACCAAGGAAUAUUUCAAGAGACACAAUGAAGAACCCAUUCGUUGCUGGAAGGUAUUCACGGGGCAGCCUUUAACGGAAGACCAAAAGAAGCAAAUGUUUACUGACAUUGAGGAUGAGGCUACGGUUGACUGGCUUGCUUACCCCCACUACCACACCCCCGAGCAGUGUCCACCGUUUAUCCUCGACGACGGGAUGUUUUAUAUCAACGCUAUCGAGAAGGCUGCCAGUGCUAUGGAAAUGAGCGCCGUUGGAGCUAAGAAUGUGUCCCUGUUGGCUCGAGAGUACCUGCUGAGCAAGACUAGGAAAUAAAUUCAAUCCAUUCACAUUGUAUUGACAUUAUUCAGACUGUAGACUCUCAAACAUACGUUUUAUAUACUGUUUAAAUAUAUAUAGUAUUACGUACAUGUACAUGUACAUGCAUAUGUAUAGUUAUAAAGUUCUAAAUGCUGUUUUUGUUGUUGUCAGAUCUUUGUUUCUUUGUUGUGACUUCUUGCACAGCUGAUGAGUGUUACCAGCAUCAGUAUAAUGUG